AGCAGUUCAAAAGUCAAUGCCACUUUGGAUCAAGCAGGUGGAUAGCUGAGUAGAAUUAACCAUUGUCUCAAAUUUCAGUUCUGAUGGAUAAUAUCCUCGAAGUGGCAUUUAGAUUUUCUCAGCUUCCGGUUAGUUUUUAUCCCAUUGACUCCAUAGAUGCUAAUAUACGGGUAAGCUAUGGUGUAAACAGCGGGAGGGCAGUAAAUGAGAAUGCCAAAGGUGAUUUAAAAGUGCCCGAAAAGGUCAGAGCAUAGUAAGGUAUAAGCCCUGUAAUUUAGCAAGUCUUUCAGGCGACUUGUUUGGGAGUACACUGGUAAAUAGCUG